GGACGGAUGCACCCAGUCAGUGUCUGCUAGGCUCCGGAUCUAGUCGAAAGGGCUAGGCGUAAGUGCAUAGAGAGUGCAGUUGCAAAGUGAAGGUUGCUCGGCAAAGAAAUCAGUUGAAGAAGUGUGAAGUACCAUUUCUUCUAGGAUUUUCUGCAAGCUCUAGUGAUUCGGUUCAGCAGUAAAAGGUGUGCUUUUGCAAACAGGGAAAAAAAGCGAUAGUGAUGGGUCAUCUUAGCACCGUUGUGGUAGCCCUGCUGGGCACAUUUGCCAUUUGCCAUGCGGCUCCGGCAGCUAUUCUGCAGCCCGCCGCCCAAUACUACCUGAUCCAGCCACAGCCCGCCACGCUCAAGAUCCAACCGCAUCUGAUCCAACCGAUCCAGCAGCUGAAACUGGAGCCGAAGCAGUACGUGUACUAUUAUCCCUCGCUGCCGCUCGCGACCACCACCACCACCACUCACCAAUACACCGAGGGUAAACCGAUCCGGUUGGUUACGCUGAAGCAAGAUGAGGGCAAUUGGUGGUCGUCCGUGUUUUCCUUCCUGCAGCCACCCUCGACCGAGAUGCCAACUUCCGAGGGUGAAAUGACUGAAGCGCCCCCGUCGGGUGAAGAGGGAGGUGCGGCUAAGGCGCCCGAGAAGAAGCUGAUGUUUAUGGCACCGGCCGAUGCUGAGAAGGGUCCGGAGACGCCUGCCUCGACGGCUGCACUACCGCAACCCCAGCGCUACUACAUCCUCAGUGGAGCGCCCCAAUUCUACGGUAACUUUGAUGCUCUGCAGAACCCACUGAGUCCGGUGUUUAGCCUGCAGCCACUGCAAGCUAUCCACGCUCGUGCCAACUCCGACAUUCAGGCCGAGGAUGGUCUGCAGCCCAAGUUCCAGGCACAGAUUGUGUCGUCGCUCGCUCCGAUCGCUCCGGUUCCGGCUGCCGUACCGGCUCAGCUGAAGAACGAUCUGCUCGAGUCGCACCAGGAUAAGGAGCAAACGAUCGACCGUGCCUGGGCUCGAUCGCUGGACGAUGAGCAACAACCAGAGCAGCAGCAGCAGCAGCAGUUGAUGGUCAUGAUGGAGGACGAGGAGGAACCGGCCGUUGUCGUGCAGGGACGCUCAAAGUCCGGUGUCGAUGAGGAGGCUCCCGAGAUUCAGCCGGUCAACCUGCGCGCGGCGGUCGAGGAGGAGAAGGACGGCAAGCAGGAAGGUGUGCAGCGCAGCGUAAACGAUCCAGCCAUCGCCGCCGUUAAGCCUUCCGGUAUAGCAUUGGCCGGACGUGGUGGUGUGGCUGCGUCAGCACCCACCGGUACGGCGAUCGUCGGUAAGAAUGGUCUAGCGUUGGCUUCACCGUCGGCCACUUCCGUUGCAGGUAACUUCUUCGACGAGGAUGAGGAUGAGGAGAAGAAGAAACCGCUGUAAGGCAACUGGAUGACAAGGAUGACAAGGAAUAACCCCGACGCAUCACCGGCGCGUGGUGCCAACAAGGAUAUAUCUGUAUACGACGAUCAAAAUUGAGACCAACGUCUAGGAACUCCCGGAAAACGAAACUUCGCCCAUGAAGUUGUCCGGUCAAAAAAGCAAGUGAUACAUUUCCUUCCAUUAGAUUAUACUUACGUUAGCCCCUAGGAGAGUAGCGGACAGCAGCAACGACAAAGCAAAAAGCGGACUGAAAAUGGAAACCCACCUCCAAGAGUGAAACAAGGGUUUUUGUUUUGGACGGAACGGCCGCACGGUGCUCCAUAUUGGAACCGGUACACGUUCAAAGCAAGCAAACAAAUCUUCAUAAUCAUCACUCAUUCAUCACUCAUUCAUUCAUCACACAUUCACCAUCAUUAACAUCGAAACAAAAAAUAACACCCAAUGUGGAAUAAAGAACGAUUGAAAAAAUGCA